AUGGCUCCUUAUACUAAGCCUGAGACCGUACUCAGGCGUUCGGAAGAGCUGCUGUCCGUCAACCAGCCCAUGUCGGCACUUGCGUCCAUCUCCGAGAUCUUCUCAUCGAAGCGUUUUCGUCAAACACCUCUCGCUUCCCUUGAGCCGAUCAUGCUUCGAUUCAUCGAUCUUUGUGUCUUGCUUCGUAAAACCCGUACCGUUAAAGAAGGUUUACACAUGUACAAAAAUGUGGCACAAAACACGAGUGUAAGCAGUGUCGAAACCGUUAUUCAACAUUUCAUCACCAAAUCAAAGGAAAAACUCGUAGAGGCCUUGGCCAAAGUGGAUGAGAUCGAAGGUCCCUUAGUCAAAGAUCAAGAGACCGAUACCAUCGAACCCAAAGCUUCAGUUGAGGUUGACGAUUUAGAAGCAACUGAGACUCCUGAAAGUCUUUUGUUGUCGACUGUCAGUGAAGAAAAAUCACGCGAUCGUACCUAUCGCGAAUUGGUCACCCCUUGGUUACGUUCUCUCUGGGAAGCCUAUCGAACUGCUUUGGAUAUCCUACGUAACAAUGCUCGUUUGGAGAACGUUUACCAGCAAAUCGCAACCGAGGCUUUCGAGUUUUGUUUGACUCAUACCCGUAAAACUGAGUUCCGUCGUCUGGCCGAAACUUUACGCUCGAACUUGACUUCAUCCCAAAAGUAUGCCAAUCAAGCUCAUUCCAUCAAUCUGUCUGAUCCGGAAGUUCUUCAACGUCACCUCGAUACGCGAUUCCACCAGCUUAACACAUCAGUCAAACUUGAGCUUUGGCAAGAGUCUUUCCGAACUGCGGAAGAUAUCAAUGGCUUGAUCAGCUUGAGCAAAAAAACACCCAAGAACAACGUGAUGUGCAGUUUCUAUGAGAAGAUGAUCAAGGUGUUUGGUGUGGGGGAGAGUCAUCUGUUCCACGCAGCCGCUUACAACAAGUACUAUGCCAUUCAAGUCAACUCGUUAGCCGAUCAACCAGAAAAGCUCGAGAAACUCGCCAGUCUCGUUUUGCUUUCUGCUUUGGCCGUUCCUAUCGUCAACUCUAACGCCCCUGCGAAUGAAUUGGCUAAGAAAGGUCGCGAGAACGAAGAUGACUCGAGCAAUCUCAGCAAGAGCAAAUCGGGCCGAUUGGCCAGCAUCCUCGGAUUAACUUCUCUUCCAACUCGAACCAACUUAGUCAAAGAUACCUUGAAUCGAGGUACAUUGAAGAGAUCUUCUGCUGAUCUUCAAGCACUCUAUCAGAUCUUGGAAGUCGACUUUCAUCCUUUGUCAAUCACUCGCAAGAUUCGUCCUAUCCUCCAAAGACUCUCAGAGGAUUCCGAGACAGCUCGAUAUGUUGAGCCUUUGAAAGAUGUAGUCAUGACCCGCCUAUUUCAGCAACUCUCGCAAGUCUAUGACUCGAUCGAGUUGACUCGAAUCAUCAAACUCGCCUCAUUCGGUAACGCUGAACCUGAUAACCUCAAUCAGACUCGUAUCAAGGUUGAGAAAUUCCUCAUGGAAGCUUGCAAGCGUGGGGAACUUGAGAUCACCUUGGAUCAUUCCACCGGCUCAAUCAAAUUUGCUGAUCGAAUGUUUGAGAAUGGGAUCAAUCAAAUGAGCGGAAACUUCUCCAUGUCCGAUCAACCACCAACGCUUCUAGGACUUUCAACCGAUGUACCGCUUGUACCCAGCCAAAGCCAGGCCAACAAUCAUGUACUCCAGCCCAACUCCGCCAGUCUAUUACGGACACACCUUACACGACUGGCUUCAGCUCUGGCGGUAUCGUUGAAGCACAUCUCGCCUACCUUGUCUGGCGCUACUGAUACCACUGCACCUACAAGUGAUCAUCUCCAACUAGCUAAGACGGCAGCAAUUCAAAUCCUUCAUAGUGAAGGACCAAAACAACAAGAACAACAAAUCCGAUUACAAAAGCAAAACAAGGAACGUGAAAUCAAGAAGAUGAAAGAUGAAGCUGACAAGAUCCGUGCGGCUGAGGCUGAGAAAGUGGCCAUUGCUCUUGCUACCCAAGCUGGUUUGAAUGUAGAUAUCAAGAACCUCAAGGGCGUUGACACCAACACGAUCAUCCAAAUGGGUGUGGAACAAAUCGAAAAGGACAAGAAGGAACUCGCGUCUAAAUUGAAGACAGUCAACAAACGACUCGAUCAUACUGAACGGGCUCUUAGGCGAGAGGAGAUCCCAUUGUUGGACGAAGAUUAUCGACUUCAACAAAUCCGAGAUGAAACUAAUGCAAAGAAAUUGCAAACCGAAUUACUCGAAGGUCUUCGAGCCAAACAUGCUAGUGAAUUAGAAAUCCGGAAGAAACUUGAGACCAUGUUACCCGAUUUCUUAGCCUUCAAAGAGAGCGUAGCCAACAAACGUGGACAUGAUUACAAAAAAGCUGAAGAACAAGCUAGGGUGAAGAUUGAGAAAGCCAAGGCUGAAAGAAGAAGAGAAAAGAUUCAAGAAUUGAAGGCAGCCAAGGCUAGAGCUAGAGAAGAGGAAAGAUCAAGAAUCGAAAGAGAAGAAGCUGAACGAGUGAGAGCUGAGGAAGAAGCUAAAUUAGAAGAAGAACGUAGAUUGAAACAAAUUGAGAUUGAAGAGGAAGAAAGAGUCUUUAAGGCUAAAGCUGAAGCUAAGGCUAAAGCCGAUCGAGAACAGCGUGAGCGUGAGAGAGCUGCUACAGCUGAGAUGGUUGCCAAACAAGCUGCUCGUGAAGAGGAAGCGCUCGCUCGUAGAGAAGCUAGAAAGCUUGCUGAUAGAAGUGUUUCAACUCCUGUUACACAAUCCCCAGGUUCCACGACCCCAGCCAGUGGUGGCGUAUGGCGUCGAACAGCUGUAGCAGCUGAAGCAGGAUCCACACCACCACUUCCAUCAUCUAAUCCACCUACACAGCCUGUGACAGUUGGACUAGAACGGACCACUUCCAAGACAGGUGAAGUGAGACCACAAAACUUGGCAGGUUUAGCUAAACCAGGAGGAUGGAGAGCUAGAUCGAUAGCAACCGGUACGAGUGGAGAAAGUUCACCUACUAUUGGAUUAAGUAGACCUAGUUCUGGGAUUGGAGCCAAAAGAAGUACAACGACUCCGAUGCAAAGUCCCCAAUUGAAUGGAUCACCUGGAGGUAAAAAAGAUGAUGGAGAAUGGAAUGAAGUGGUCAAACCUGCUUCUUAUAGACCACCACAAUCUCGUACGAAUACGAGUGGUGGUGGUGGAUUAAAUCAUAAUCGAACCACUUCUGGUAGAGGUGGAACUGGAUCUGGAUCUGGAGGUAGAUGGUAA